GUUCGCUCUGAGUUAUCCUUUCCGUGGCCGUCUUCCUUUCCUUCUCAGUUCUCUCUCUACAGUAGACGCCAUUCUCAAAUACAACAACAAGUAUCUCUCUUUUUCUCUCCAAUUUGAAAACCCUAAACUAUUGAAUUCCGUUAAUAACAGUCCUCUGUAUUUGUUAUGUGUACGGCUUCUCUUAAGAAUUGCUCUUAGUUUGUUAUAUACUCCGUAUUUGUUAUUCUUGUUUUUAGUUAUCUAAACAACUUCUUGGAUAGCCCUUUCGUGGAUUGGCGUAUAGACAGAUACCGAUUGGAUAAUCAGAUAAAUAAUACAGACAUAAUCUUUUGAGGCAUCUCUCGGGGGUUGUUUGAAGUAUAAUCCAAGUCUUCUACCCGUAUUAGCUGAACUUGGAGUAGCAAGUCUGGUUUGAUUUUAAUGGGAUUUUAGCUGCUUGAAGUAGAUGAUGGAGACUCAUCAAAUAAACAAUGGACUUUGUUUUUGAAUUUAAUUUAUCUAGACUUUUAUAUCUAAGGAUGAUGAGGCCGGAUCAUAUGUAAGGAAGUUUUUGUGUCAUGCUAAGAGUAAAAAAGUGGUUUUGAGGAUCUCAAAUUUGUUCUGGAUUGGUGUUGUGUUUGCUUCAUAUACUGUUCUGGGAUGAAGAAUGCUGGUCAGAAACUGCUUCCGGAUGGUGGAAAGGGAGGGGUUAGGCCUGGUCGAAGCAAUAAACAUGGCUUUGUUCCCACAUCUUUCCGUGCUCUCUCUAGGAUUGUGUCAUCCGGUGCCUCAACUGUUGCCUCAACAGUAAAGUCAGCAGCUUCAGCUGCCUCCGCUGUCAUGGAUAAGGAUAAUGAGUCGAACCAUGAUCAGGUUCUUUGGGCCGGUUUUGAUAAGAUAGAAUGUCAGGGAGGUACAACCCGCCAAGUUUUGCUUUUAGGCUGUUGGUAUGGUUUCCAGGUUUGGGAUGUUGAAGAACCUGAUGAUGUUCACAACUUAGUUUCCAAGCAUGAUGGUCCUGUUUCCUUCAUGCAAAUUCUACCAAAUCCAAUUUCAUCAAAGCAACAUAGGGAUGAAUUCGCUAAUAGUCGGCCACUGUUGAUAAUCUGUGCUGAUGGAUCUUUUCCGAGUGGCAGUAUUCACCAUAGCCGUGGUGUAUCUAAUGGCAAUUUUGUUCCGACUGUUGUUUGGUUUUAUUCCUUGAGAUCUCACUCUUAUGUACAUCAUGUGAAGUUCAGAUCAGGUGUUCAUUCUGUGAGAUGCAGCUCCAGAGUUGUUGCUGUCUUACAAGCAGCUCAGAUACACUGUUUUAAUGCCUCAACUUUAGAGAGGGAUUAUAAUAUUGUCACAAACCCUGUUGCUAUGGGCUGUUCUGGAUCUGGAAACAUGGGCGUUGGACCUCUUGCUGUCGGUCCCAGGUGGAUGGCUUAUACCGGAAAUCCAGUUUCUGUGUCAAAUUGUGGUCGUGUCAAUCCACAACAUCUCACACCUUCUGCAAGUUUCCCUAGUCGAGGAGCAAAUGAAAGUCUGGUUGCACAUUAUGCAAAGGAAUCAAGCAAGCAACUUGCUGCUGGAAUUGUAACUCUAGGGGACAUGGGAUAUAAGAAGCUUUCUAGAUAUUACUCUGAGUUGCUACCAGAUGGUAACAGUUCUCAAGCGGGUGCUCACCCUAACAUUCAGGGACUGAAUACUAAUGGUCAUUUACCUGAUGCAGAAAGUAUUGGGAUGGUACUUGUUAGAGAUGUAGUCAGCAAAGAGCUUGUCACACAGUUUAGGGCCCACAAGAGUCCCAUUUCAUCGUUGUGUUUUGAUCCUUCUGGCACUCUUUUGGUCACAGCAUCUGUUCAUGGUCACAAUAUCAAUGUUUUCCGGAUAAUGCCUGCACUACUAAAAAGUUCUGGAACCGAUCAAGCAUCUAAUGUUCAUCUUUAUAGGCUACAACGUGGCAUAACAGAUGCGGUUAUACAAGACAUUAGUUUUAGUUCAGACAGCCAAUGGAUCAUGAUAAGUUCUUCUAGAGGGACAAACCACCUUUUUGCAAUAUCUCCUUCCGGAGGAACACUUGAUUCUCAGUCUUCUGCUGCUUCAUAUCUGAGUGCCAGAAAUAAGGGGGGAUCUUGUGUGAUGAUGAGAUCGGGAGCUGGGGUUGUUAAUGAGCAGCUAAUCUGUGACUCUGGCACACCAGUUACUCUUUCUGUUGUUGGAAGAAUAAGGAGCGGGAACAAUGGCUGGAAAAACACUGUCAGUGGUGCUGCUGCGGCUGCAACUGGAAGGACAAGCCAUCACUCUACUGCCAUUGCUUCUGCAUUUCAUUUCUGCCAAAACAACAAUCAGAGUGAUGUUGAUCCCAACUUGGUUGUUUUCAACUACCGGUUGCUAGUUUUUUCUGCAUCAGGUUGUCUUAUUCAGUAUGCUUUGCGUGCUUCUACUGGCAUUGAGCCUGGUUCCGCUUCACCGUCCUUAAGCACUACUGCCGACCUAGGUGUUGAACCUGAAACAAAACUAAUUGCAAUCCAGAAGUGGAAUAUAUGCCAUAAACUAAAUUGUAAAGAACGAGAAGACAAUAUUGAUAUCUAUGGUGAUUCUGGAAAACCGGAUAGCAGUAAAGUAUUUCCUGAAGGACUGAGGCGCGAAAAUGGAAAUUAUCUCCAUAGUAUUGGCAAGGUCAAAGAAAGGAUUAAUACCGAGGAAAGGCAACAUAUGUAUAUAUCAGAAGCAGAGCUUCAAAUGCAUCAACCUAUGGUUCCACUGUGGGCAAGAUCAGAGAUUUCUUUUCAGUCCAUUUUGUUUGAUGAAACUUGCAUGGAGGAUGAUGGUGCUUGUGGAGAGAUCGAGAUAGAAAGGGUCCCCACACGUACAAUUGAAUCCAGGUCUAAGGAUCUAAUUCCAGUUUAUAAUUAUCUUCUCUCUUCCAAGGUGCUGCAGCAUAGGAUAUCGGGAAGCAACAAUCAAGUGCAUGCUCAAAGGUCUGACGAGACUCGGAACACCAAACUUAUGAAUGGUUAUUCUCACUGCCCGACUAAUGGAUGCAUUGAAAUGUAUAAUGGAAUAGAAGAAAAUGGAUGCAAUGGUUUCUGGAUGAACGCAGGAACAACUAAGGGAUUUUUAUAUAAUAAUGACACUCAAGAAGAAGACACUCGGCUAGAGUUUGUAAAUAAUAGUCAGAGCUCCAUGGAAGAGACCCAAGCUGCGUGUACAAACAAUGACAUCGACUGAAAAUGAAGAAUGAGUUUGAAGCUGCAGUUGAAAAAUUUGAGUGAGGUGAUGCAGUUGAACAAUGUGUCGUGGCGGGAUUUUGUGAUCAUGCAAAAUGCGAAAAUGUGAAUAUGGUUGGGUGGGGUAUAUGUAGAAUAUAAUAGGUAUAGUGGCUAAUAUUAUGGACACAGAAUUGUUAAUAUGGUUCGUCUCUGCGCGGUUCAAUGUUGUAUAUAAUAGAUGGUGGAAUCGCCAUGUCAGUAGCUCAUCAUACCCCGUGUAAAUAUUAUUGUGUCAGUGCCCUGCAACAUUUUGUUGUGACUUAUUGGAAUGGUUAAUUUAUUUAUUGUUGCUUGGAAGUUAU